CAAAAAUCCGCAUUGUUGCUUAGAAGCAUCUGUUAGUGUGUGCUUACGUCACGUACAGUUUUAUUCACGUUUAUCUUGUUGGAAAAUGAAAAAUUUUAGGUGUUUUCAGAGUGGUAGCGAUUAUAAAACAUUGCACGAAUCUUUUGAGGUCCAAUAGACCCAGAUAGUGACAGUUAACAGGGAAGCAUUCAAUUUUAAUUUUUUCGACAUCGAAAACGUGAUUUAACUUGUGAAUAAAGAAAAUAAAGAUGGGUAAGGCCGACGUAGCCAGCAUGCCUUUGCAUCACGAAAGCGGUAUCCAGAUUUGCGUCCCACCUCUAUGCAAACCUUUGUAUAUGUCGCCAACAUCAACAAACAUCACAAACGGCAUUAUUAUAAAUAAUAAUAAUAACAACAAAAAUACAUCAACAGUGGUGGCGAACGGUGGCAAAGGAGGGGAGACGAUUUAUUUGCAAAUGCCCAGCGAAAUGGAAAUUUUAGGUAAUCAAGUUGCUGGACAUAUGAAUGAUGGAAAAUGUAUUGGUAUGAUAAAACACAACGACACAGUAUUAAAACCGACGGUGGCGAAGGAGUGCCAUGAGCGCGAAAACUACUUCUACAGAGAACUAAGCAACACGGUGGACCGAUCGAUGAUACCUCUAAGAGAUCUGGUACCGAAGUAUCACGGUAACAUCACGGUGCCCAUCAACGGCAAAGACGUGGAGUGCAUCGCACUGGAAGAUCUGACCAAAGACUUCAAGGAACCUUGCAUUAUGGACAUCAAAAUUGGCAGAAGAACCUGGGAUCCCAAAGCCAGCUAUCAGAAGAUCAUGUCUGAGGAGAAGAAAUAUAUAGACUGCAGAAGAGAUUUAGGAUUUUGUAUACCUGGUUUCCAAGUAUACAAAGUUUUUAACGAUGAAUUGUGCAAAUUUGGCAAAGAUUAUGGGAAACAACUGGACAAAGAAUCUGCAAUUGAUGCGAUUAAGAUGUUUCUGAACGCUGACCAAGGUUUCUGCAGAAGUCUUAUAGUACAAAUCCUGGCGACUUUAUGGAGAAUCCAACACUGGGCCAGGAACCAACAAAGACUGAGAUUGUAUUCAUCUUCGAUACUUUUAAUUUACGACGCGCGACGUUUAAGGGAGUGCAUUAAGAAAAACCUGAAAUCCACCUUGAAACUGCAACGCAAAAACAGUUUGUACCGACCGAUGAGUUUGGCGGUUGGGCUAAACAACGAUUCGGAAAGAAUUCAGACUGGAUUUUCCGGGCAGCUCACCAAAGACGGGCCAAUAUUAAAAUCUUCAUCAUCGCACAACAAAAUCGUCGAUUUCAACCUCCCCAACCCGGUGAAUGUCAACAACACCUGGCAAAAGUCGAUAAAAAGUCUCAAACGUACGCACUCGUUCCAGAAUAAUUACGACAAAGACGUUCAGAAUAGAAAACGUGACUAUACAUACAUGUUGGAUGAGCUUUGCUGCGAAAACAAGUCCGAAUGUUGGGCGAACGUUAAGAUGAUCGACUUUUCGCACGUUUAUUCGGCGGAAAAUUGCGAUAUCGAUAAGAAUUACUUGGACGGAAUAGAAAAUUUAGUCGCCAUUUUCGAAGAUUUUCUCGUCGAAAGCGAAUAAAAGUUAUCUGGCUGUGUUAUCAUCGUAUUUUUUUAUUUGCCAUUUUUAUUUUUGACACUGUAAUAUUUUACUUGAUUGAUGCUCUCUUUGAGAGGAUAGUUGACAUUAUUUUUUAAAUAGAAGUAAAUUAUUUUUAUUAUGUGUAAUUUGGAUACUUAAUACAUGUAUUUUCAAUAA